AUGCAGCUCGCAUUAGCCCUACACACACUCUUUUUCCUCGCCUCAGGCCACCGUCCUUACCACCUCCGCCCAGGAACACAAAACGGCCCCCCCAAAAAGCUGCCGUAUGACGGAACACUCACCCAACCCGCAGAGCUUGUUUUCUUUUUAUUUAUUGCGCGGGGCUCUUACACUGCCUUUGAUGUUUGA